AUGAAGAGAGCGAGUGACUGCUUGAGUGACGGCUUCAAGAACCGCGCAUCCCUUCUCCUGUCUCGGAGGGGCAACUCUCACCUGCGGCUGCAGGAGCCCAAGGCUGCUCUCCGCGAUGCGGUGGCCGCCAUGGACCUGGGGGACCGUCGAGCUGCGGAGGCGCUGGCCAUGGAAGCGCUGCGAGACUUGGGCAAGGACGAAGUCGUCUCUCACAAGAUUCUGGAGCCCGUCGGCUGUGGCCGCAUACUUGACCCAGCAGCCCCUCUAGUGCUGAGAUGUGUUGACCGAUGGACAGCCGACGUUUUGGACCACUUCUCUCAACUUUCUGCUGAUAGUGGAGAAGAAUUGCCAAUGCCAGUCCACAUGCCUUCGGACAGGUAUCUGGACGGCCUGGAUGAGGAGACCCGGGCGGCGGUGAUCCGGAAGUACAUCCCGCAGGAGCAGUUUGGAGGUACGGGCCUUGUCUCGAAUGCAGCCGAAUGCAUUGACCUCAUGAAGAAGUGGGAAGAGGUUUUCUCUGGACCGGACUUCCAGUGCAAAAGGAAAGCCCUUUGGGAUCGGCGUGACUUGUCAUUUCCUGCUCGGAUGAAGGAGACAAGGACGAUGGUGGCAGAGAGCCUCUCCAAGGUGCUUGAGCCAAUGGGUUAUGCCCCAGGGAGGCCGGGCCUCGCUCGCUGCGUCAAGCAGAUGCAGGCGUUUUGA